AGGUCUACGCAUUAAAAGCAAAGAAAAGAUCGCAGCUCGGCUCAGUUUGCCAAGCCUCUUCCUGGUUUACUUUAUCCAUGGACAGCAAGGCGGAAGAAGCAGGUUGUCUGGAUCCUGAUAUAAAAGACGAGGGUCCAUCGGCGCCCCCUGCUGACCUUCUGGGUCCCGUGUCUGGCUAUGAAGGGACACCCACAGACUGGGGCGGUGAAGGCAAUUUGUACCCCCCUCCACCGGACCGCACUAAUAAGCCUGAAAUUGAUCGGAAUGCAGCAGUUCCAAACGUUCGGGUUCCCACUGUUUCGGAGGAUGUGGCCAGGGAGGCGCUUAUUCAGUACGCUGGUAGUAAAUGGACCUGGAGUCGAAAACCAGCUAGGGAGCUUGUUUUUGAAGAGUUAAAACCAUUCACCAUCUACAGGUAUCGACUGGAAACAUUUACAGAGUCUAGAGCGACUGCCUGGGUAUUUGAACCAUUUACUGGUCAGCUAGUGGAUGGUCCUCAGUAUGGAAUACCACCACUUCCUUGGGAUGUUGCUGUUGAGGUCCCACCCAUGCAUAAGGACAUAGAGGAAAAAGUCAGAGUGCCACACACAUCAUCUGUAAAGGAAUGUCACACUUGCUAUGGAAGGGGAAAAGUCCGAUGCAGUCACUGCAGUGGAUGGGGAAAGGUACGCUGUACAUCGUGCCUUGGCUCAGGACACAGUCAAGGGAAACGAUGCACAUGGUGCCAUGGAGCUGGACGCAGAAGAUGCACUUGGUGUGGUGGAAGUGGACAUAAAACCUGUAAAGUCUGUAAAGGACACCGCAACCUGCUGCACUAUAUUCUUCUAACAGUAACCUGGAAGAAUCAGAUCUAUGAACACGUUCCCAACCGGUGUCCUGACUUUCCUAUAAAGCUGUUUGAAAAAGUCAAUGGAGAUAAAUUUUUCGUUGAUGAAAAUAUCUUUGUCUAUCCAAUAGUAGGAUUUCCAGAUGAGGAAAUCUGCGAAGCUUCUAAAAAAGGAAAUCAGGAGCAUUUGGCCAAAUUUUCAAAAAUGCGCAUACUACAGCAGCGCCAGACGAUUGAGUUGGUCCCCCUAACCCAGGCCUUCUACAAAUACAAAGAUCAGCAGUACAAUUAUUAUGUGUAUGGAACUGAAAAUCAGGUUCACGCAGCAAAGUAUCCCACCAACUGUACUCUACUUUAAUACAUGGAAGUUUGUGUUUUUUUCUCCUGUUAAAAAGAAUGAAGGAAAAGCAAAGAAGAAUAAGCCAAAUUGUUGAUACCUUCAUAAUGUGAAGAAGUUCAUUGUUCUCGAAGAGUUUAUUUCAAGUUUGUGCUGCAAAUAAAUCCUACUGUUUUAGGCACAAGCAGUAGUGGACUGGCAUGAAUACAUUUUAUUCUUGAAAACUGAUUAAUCUAUUAUGUAUAAUGUGUAAACUAAAACACCCAUAACUGAUUAGCAUGAAACGGGGAGUGCAGUCUGACCCGGCUAAUAAUGCAGUUUUACUGUUCCCAGCUAUUUUCAUAAUGAAGUCUUUAGCUUUCCAUCAUGUGAAUCACCUUAAUCUUCAGAGAUUUUACGCAUACAAAAGUCUCCUUGCUUCUUUAUCAUUUGAUCAUACCUACUAAUGAGUUGUAUGCCCGUAGUGGGAUUGGCUUACUCUCUGCAAAGUUGCAGAAAACACUUAAGGACCAAAUGUCUUCUUUCAUUUCAGCAAUAAUCAAGACCAAGGAUUUCCCCAGUGUACAUUAGUGUUUAGUUAUUACUGUUUUAAUAAUCGUCCUGAAAAUUCUGAUUUUGCUGUAUUAUUACCCAUUUGGUGAACCGUGCCAGUCUACUGAUGUAUAAUUGCUUACUUUUUCUUUUUUAAUGUGUGCCCUUUUUUACCAAAAAUCUCACCUGGUUUUUAUAAUAUUUUUAUGGUGCCUCCAAAUAUAUAUGUACAUUGCUUAUCAUCAAGUUAAAGCCAGUGACUCCCUGCUGUGAGGCACUAUUUACACCUAACUUGAUACAUUACAUAUUUUUAUAGAGAUUUAGACAGAACUUUAAAUGUAUUUAAGGAGAUUUUAGUGAGCAUGAAGACAUUAUGAAGAAAAAGGAUGUGUUUUCUCUUAUGAGAAUGUUCUACUAACUUACUGUUUGUACCUGGAAAGUUUUUAUAUUCUCAAUUUGUGUAUAUGGUGAUUACUGGCAAUAAAAAUACAUUUUAAAAAAUCGU